AUGAACCCUCUUGUUAGUGAUAAAGCUGUUUCAACAUUUUCUAGACUACUACAAAAAACCGUGGAAUUAGAAGACAAAUAUAAAGAAACAAAAGCAGAAAAUGAACGAUUAAAAGAAGAAAUUGAAAGUUUGAGAAAACAACAUGAACAAGAUAAAGAAGAAUUGAACCAAAAACAUGAUGGUUUAAGAGACCAUCAUGAAAAAGAAAAAAAUGAAUUGAGACUAAAACUUGAAGAGGCGAGAAACCAACUUGAAAAAGAAAAAGAGGAAUUGAACCAAAAACAUGAUGAUUUAAGAGAUCAUCAUGAAAAAGAAAAGGAUGAAUUAAAACAAAAACUUGAAGAGGCGAGAAACCAAUAUGAAAAAGAAAAAGAAGAAUUGAAACAAAAACAUGAUAAUUUAAGAAACCAACAUGAAAAAGAAAAAGAAGAAUUGAAACAAAAACAUGAUGAUUUAAGAAACCAACAUGAAAAAGAAAAGGAGGAAUUGAAACAAAAACAUGAUGAUUUAAGAAACCAACAUGAAAAAGAAAAAGAAGAAUUGAAACAAAAACAUGAACUAGAAAAAGAAGAACUAAGAAAACAACUUGAAGAAAAGGCUUAG